UGGCGGGGCGGGCGGGGGGGUCGAUUGGUGGUGGCUCCGGCCAGCCCCGAGGCGAUCCCUCUCCUGGGUUUCGGGCUCUUUCUGCGUUAACUAGAAUCAAUUACUUGCCUUGUCAUUUCUAGUACUCAUCCUUAAGCCUCAACCAAAAUAUUGACCUAGGAGGCUUACAGAAGUUGGGCUCUUGCCAUUUGAACCGGAUCUUGUUUAGGGAACCGCCAGCGAUGGGAAGGAGAGAUUUCCGCGGCUCAGCUUUCGCCCCCUCCCCCUUUUCCAAAGGCGCCACAAAUCGCCAAUUUUCCGGCUUGCUGGGGGCGGGCGCGCGGGGGCGGGGAGGGAGGAACCGGUGAAUGUUAAGGAGGAUUCUUUUUUCCUCUCCUCCUCCGGGUUUCUGUUUUGUUUUCUUUCCUCCUCCCCCGCUUUUUUUUUUUUUUUAAGAUGCAAUUUGUUAAAACGGCCCUUUCAAGUGUGUGGACUCGCGAGCGACGCGGUGGUCCUUUGUAUGUAAAUACUGGGUUAAAAAAAGGCUCGCCCCGUCUUUGCAAUUAAUUGACACGUUACACCUCUCAUCUUGCUCUAGAGGGCCGUUGGCUGGGAGCGCGGAGCUCCCCAAAACCCACAAUUUCACAUCUGCAAAUACAGUCUUCAUCCACUUGACUUCCAAGACCCGCCCACACGUGUCCAACCUUUGCGUUUUAAUGUCUCCCCCCUCCUUUUUUCCACCCUUCUCUCGCUCCCUCUCUCGCUCCCCCUCCCUCUCUCUCUCUCUCUCUCUCUUUCCCUCCCUCUCUUUCUCCCCCUCUUCCCCCCCUCUCCCCAGGUUCGUGAGUGGAGCCCAGCCUUAUAUGGACUGAUCGCUCGGGCAAUGGCCCAUUUUUUCCUCGCCACCAGCCGCCACCGCGCGCCGAGCGGCCGCCGGAGCCGGAGCUGACGCCGCCUUGGCACCCCUCCUGGAGUUACAAACUCGGGCCCGGCCGGCGGCGCUCGGCGCGCAGGCCGCCCGACUCCCCGCGUCCAUUUCCGAGUGCUUGCAGAGAAGACAUAGGCAACGCGUUGGGCUUUUUUCUUUUUUUUUUUUCUUUUCCUCCCCACCCUUUCCCAGAGUUUCUUUCUCUUUCCUAAACAUAAUAAUCUCAAUAAUUAAAGCCCAUCCCCCCUCCCCUCCCCCAACCCCUCUCCCCAUAUCCCCUCCCCCGCCCCGACUGAGAGCGCCACGAAUUGACCAAGUGAAGCUACAACUUUGCGGCAUAAAUUGCGGGGUCCCGGCCAUGUCGCUGACCAACACGAAGACGGGGUUUUCGGUCAAGGACAUCUUGGACCUGCCAGACACCAACGAUGAGGAGGGCUCGGUGGCCGAAGGGCCCGAGGAGGAAAGUGAGGGGCGGGAGCCCGCCAAGAGGGCCGGGCCGCUGGGGCCGGGCGCCCUGGACACCGUGCAGAGCCUGCCCCUGAAAAACCCCUUCUACGACAGCAGCGACAACCCGUACACGCGCUGGCUGGCCAGCACCGAAGGUCUCCAGUACUCCCUGCAUGGGCUGGCGGCCGGCGCGGCACCCCAAGACUCGAGUUCCAAGUCCCCGGAGCCCUCGGCCGACGAGUCACCGGACAACGACAAGGAGACCCCAGGCGGCGGAGGGGACGCCGGCAAGAAGCGGAAGCGGCGGGUGCUCUUCUCCAAGGCGCAGACCUACGAGCUGGAGCGGCGCUUCCGGCAGCAGAGGUACCUGUCGGCCCCCGAGCGGGAGCACCUGGCCAGCCUCAUCCGCCUCACGCCCACGCAAGUCAAGAUCUGGUUCCAGAACCACCGCUACAAGAUGAAGCGCGCCCGGGCAGAGAAAGGUAUGGAGGUGACGCCCCUGCCCUCGCCGCGCCGGGUGGCCGUGCCCGUUUUGGUCAGGGACGGCAAACCGUGCCACGCGCUCAAAGCCCAGGACCUGGCAGCUGCCACCUUCCAGGCGGGCAUCCCCUUUUCGGCCUACAGCGCUCAGUCUCUGCAGCACGUGCAAUACAACGCCCAGUACAGCUCGGCCAGCAACCCCCAGUACCCGACAGCACACCCCCUGGUCCAGGCCCAGCAGUGGACUUGGUGAGAGCCGCCCCCUCCGAGACUCGCGGCUUCAGGCCCAGGCCCCACCCCGGCGGCGGAGGCGAGGAGGACUCGGCCUUUACGAUGGUUCUUAUAGUAUUAUAAUUAUUAUGAUGGCGUCGAGUUGACUCUCGGCUCCAUUGGGGAGGUUGCCUGCACCUCCGUGGAGAGGCAGAUCCCACCCAACCAGCUCUGCCUCACCCCUCUCUCUGUUUGAACCUUUGGAGAGGGCUGAACCCUAAGCCGUGUUUACAGAAUGUUUGCGCAGCUUCGCUUCUCUGCCUCUCCCCGGGGACCGAGUGGUCCCAGCGUUAAUGUCCUCACUUGAGAAGGAGAAAAAGACAUCCCCACCCCCGCUUUUGUGAAUUUUGUAAAAUAUGUUUGUGUGAGUAGCGAUAUUGUCAGCCGUCUUCUAAAGCAAGUGGAGAACACUUUAAAAAUAUAGAGAAUUUUUUUCUUUUUUUAUAUAAGAAAAUGCUAAAUAUUUAUGGCCAUGUAAACGUUCUGACAGCUGGUGGCAGGUUUCGCUUUUCGUUGUAAAUAUCAGUGGUGAUUGUUGCCAAAAUGACCUUCAGGACAGGCCUGUACCCCAUGGGGGCCCAACUCCUUUCUUUGUGGUUUGUUUUGGUUUGCUUAUAUUUGGUCAUCCUUGCUUUCUUCUUUUCUUUUCUUUUUUUUAAAUUUUGUUCAGUGCAAACAUUUCUCAGAUCUGAAAAAAGGAAAACAAAAAUGUGUAGGUGAGCGAGCAGCCCCCCUGCCCCAUCCUGGGGUCCUGAGCCCCGGAACUUGGAGCUCAGCGGUUCCCUGCGAUUCCCCAAGAGCGCCGGGCGCUGAAAGCUUUCAAUUUUUUAAGUAAGAAUUUUAAUAAAAAUCCUGUGUUUAAAAAA